CUCGCCGGGGGCCGCCGCGCGCCGUCUGCCGCCGCCACCUCAGCCGCGCUGGGUCCCGACAGACGCUCGUCGUCCGCAGCCCGCCGCCCCGUAACCUGCCGCCUGGCGCCGAAGCUCCCACACCCCUGCUGUCGCCGCCGCCUCUGUCGGCACACCCGAGACUACUGGAAAACAGAAUACCUUUCAUCAUUGUCCUCAUCCCCUGAGAGAGGAGGGAGCUCUGCAGGUUCCCACAGACGGGCUUGGUCGGACUGCCUGACUUUGUUGUUUCACCCAUGAGCUCAGAUUUCCCACAUUACAACUUCAGGAUGCCUAAUAUUGGAUUCCAGAAUUUGCCUCUCAACAUAUACAUUGUGGUUUUUGGCACUGCUAUAUUUGUCUUCAUCCUUAGUUUGCUAUUCUGCUGCUAUUUGAUUAGGCUAAGACAUCAAGCACAUAAAGAAUUUUAUGCCUACAAACAGGUUAUAUUAAAAGAGAAAGUAAAAGAACUGAAUUUACAUGAGCUCUGUGCUGUGUGUCUAGAAGACUUCAAGCCUCGAGAUGAGUUGGGGAUUUGUCCAUGUAAGCAUGCCUUCCAUAGAAAGUGCCUUAUUAAGUGGCUGGAGGUCCGGAAAGUGUGUCCACUGUGCAACAUGCCAGUUCUGCAGCUGGCCCAGCUGCAUAGUAAGCAGGACCGUGGACCCCCACAGGGGCCCCUCCCUGGGGCAGAGAACAUUGUAUAGUUCAUCAAAAGUCGAACUGUUGCGGUCCGACAUCCGCGUGGAGCCAGAAGCAGCACGAGCGGUCUCUGCGUUGGCUGUUCUACCUGGGGCACCAGCUGCCACUUCCUUUGCCUCAUGAAGAACUCUUGGGCCAACUGAGCUUGGAACCCAGACAUCUGGGUCUAGUGACAACCAAAGCACUCUGACACUCUCCACACCAAGGAGAGGAGUUAGUGAGCCCGGGGGUUUGGUUCAAGAAACUUUAUGAGGUCUCUCGCUAACUUCAUUAGACUCUGUCUCCCAGACACUUUUCUCCAUGGUAAGGUGAAUCCUUACCAAGCAGAAGGGAAGAUAAACACAAGUGUCAGAGAAGGGAAUUUAAGGGCAGGUCCUUAGCACCACUUCCCCCCGAGGACAGAGGAGCUUCUACAGACCGUGCAUGCCUUUGCAGCAGCAAACCCUCCCGGCACCCCCGAGCCAACGAAAACCAGCGGUUACCUCAGCCAAAGCAUGACCAGUCACCAGUGGUUGGUGAGGCAACGCCAACAGGCUGUUCAUGUUACGUUCCUUUGAUAAGGCCAACUUGGAAACCGAGCACUUUGGUAAACACCAGAGCAGCAGUUUCCCUCACCACCAUCCCUCCUACAAGUUCACCAGUUUAUCAAAUCGUCUGAGCUAAAAACAUUAGCUGUAUGUGGAAAGGCCUAGUCAGAAGCCAUUUCCUCUUAUUUACCCCUCCUCAACAGUGGGGCACAGCCAGGCCACCCAUGAGGAGCCCCAGCAUGGGGUGAACCUGAGCCCAUGCUGUCAUGCUGUCCGAGGACCUAGGGAGCCCGGUGCUGUCCACUCCCCACGUCCCAGUGCGGCUCAGGGUCUUGGCCGGCUGCCUCGAGGAUGUGCACGUGAGCCCUUCACACAGGUCCAGGAACAGCAUCUGCAGACGGCCAGUCCUGGCCCAGCGUGCUGAGAGGAGAGUGCUGGCCCCCACCCUUCCCUUGCUCAGUCCCGUCCCCGGCCCUCUUCUUGCCCUGUUUCAACUUAAGAGAAAAUGCCUAUCAUUGGCUUUUUAACAACUUAAAAGUAUCCCAAAUAAGACCCCGGUAAGUGAAGCCGGAAUCCACUUGAACUGUAAAUAGUUCCAGAAGCUCCAGCAGGGCUGUGUACCCAGUGGCGUGUGCCUCAGUGUUUGGACUCGGAUAACUGAUUCCUUAUAGGAGAGAAAUGCAUGCUGCUCUUUGGUUCUUUCUGUCCAGUUUUUCUAGAGACAACUCGGAGUCUGUUAGGAUUCAUGGAUAUUGUAUAAAUUAGCUACCUGAAGCAGCAGUGGGUCAGGUAGAAAAGUCAUGUUCUUUAGCCCUGCCCUCUGCCACCUGUCCCAGGCCCAGAGGCUUCCCCAGCCCACAGGUGUGGGUGAGGUGGUUUCCUGUUGGAAAUUCAGGCUGAGAGAGUGUUUUGCUGCUCUGUUCAUAGCAUGUUUCCGGGAAUUUUUUUCUGGAGCCCAACCUCUACCUUCUUAGAAUGGGAAAGGAAACCUGUCCUGGGCUCAUGUGGUUGGGUCAAAAGAGAAGGGGAAUUCUCAUUCACCUGGAAAAGUGCUGGGCAGAAUCCAGUUUGGAAAAUUACAAAUCAAGUUAGUCCGAAUUGGCUAUUCCACGUGUGCAUCCACUCGUAGUUGGGCCGGACUGCUGCUCACACACGGCUUGGGAGGUCUGCAGUGUCUGCAAGAAAGUUAGCCUGCGUGGCACUGUGGAAGGAACUGUCUGUAUACUCCUGUCACUGUGUUGUUUGUGGUACAAUAGUUGAGUGCUGCACAGCACCCCAUUUACAGUAAAAUGUGAGCAAUGAAGGAACAGGCUUGCUCUGGACAAGCCUCGUUAAUGUCCAACACCCACCGCUGUCCAUAGAGUAGCCUUGGGACAAAUGUCAUCUCUUCAUGUGGGUUCCUGCAGAAAAAUGUGUGCUCCCUACCGCGCAUUAUUUUAAUUCACAGCUUUUGUAGGACUAGUCUUUCAGUUGCAGGCUUUGUCCCUCUGUAUCAGCACCAACCUCACCAACUCCUUGCAUUUAUAGGAAAGCAGAUUAACUAAUCACACUGUGUCACAGCUAAAGGCAAGUGAGGUGGUUGGUGCUAGCACAGAACAAGGAGCACAAAGUCAGGUAGUUCCAGCCAUCAAGACGAAAGCAGAGAAGGUGGUCUACUCUCCUCAGGCGCCAUCACGGAUCGGCUUUGAUCCAUGGGGUGCCUCUGACAUGACCUCAACAUGUGAAUGUAGGGGGCUUUUGAAAAUGCUGCUUCCCCACUGGGGUGGGGUAGGGUGGGGCCGAACACUGAAGUGGGAUGUCCACUCCCCCUGGGCUUGGUGUCCUGCUGCAGUGUGGCCAACAUUCUCAGUCAUGACUGAUGCUGAGGAGCAUGAGUGGAGUGCAGCCACUGCCCGCACCUGCGUAACUGACUGCUGGCCUACUUCAGCGUCUGGUUAAAACCAGGUGUGUGGAAGGACAGUUAAAUCUCUACCCAGAAUUUUCUUUUAAGUGAACUGAGGCUUAUACCUCAGUGACACUGGUGAGGCUGCCCUGUCCACAUCUUCAAGUUUGUGACCUUUGUCAGCUUUUAGUGGGGGGGGGGAGAACUGAGUGAUGACAUGGUGACUUUGUCUUCAGUGUCUUAAGCAGCUCAAAGUUUGGGUGAAGUAUGUUGUAUGGUUAGUGGAGCAGAAUGCAGGCCCCACAUGGACACAGGUAGCAGAAUCAUUACCUAGCUGCAGAGGUGACCCUGGAUCAGCCUGGCCCGAUGCCUGACUUUAGUGCUGGCACUAGGCUCUGUUGUCUGCUGUUUCCUUUGCACAUGACUUGGCAGGCCUGUCCCUAGGAGGUAAAUUCCUGUGGCCUGUAUUCUUCUAGCUGGGGAGCAGGACAAGUCAGACAUGACCAGUGGCUUGAAGCCUCAGCCCACGCUGAGGAGUGCAGGGCCCUCCCUUCACAGGCCAAAUACUCUGUUCUCAGCAAGUCUUGACAUAAAGAUCCUUUUCCUCAGUGCCAAGCUCCUUGCAUCCCUAAACCCUGUCCCUUCCCACAGCCUCACUCCAAAGCAUGUCAUCUCCAUGGUCUGAAUCUGCUCUGAAUUUCUCUGUACAAGUCUAGUGACUUUUCAGAAAGGUUUCCUGGGCAUUUUGAAACAGGCACAGGGAGGCAACCGAGAGCUCUAGGCAGAGUGUGCUCAGUAACCUGCCACUUGUCAGCUACAUGCCCUCCUGCAGGCUAACCUCGCAAAGCCAAUACCCUAAUCAGACCCCUUGGGUUGUAAUGUGACCUUACUGAAUCUUGAGAGAAUCAGUCACCUCAUCCAGCAGGCCUGGGAUGCCGGGUGCCGUUGCUAGGUGACACCAUGCAGGUUCCUGUAGGAGCCACCCCACCCCAGCCUCAGCCUCCUGGGGAGCGGGCCCUUUCCCCAGGGGUCUCUCUUCACCUGGCUCCCUUCCCCUUUACCUUCCCCCACAUCCCAAUCACAUCCACCUGCCUUUGACCACAGUGUUCCCUAGUUCGGUUGCUCAGUGCUGAAUAUUCCUUUAGUAUUCUUAAUAGGUUAUCCCUUUACAUGACUCUCAAGCCAUGGAAAAUGCUUGUCCAUGUUGGUCUUCCUUGCAUCCAAGCAGCUUCUCACCUGCUGUCAGUUUGCUCAUUGCGCUUUCAGGGACCACUUCUGCAUGUACAAGUAAAUACAUACAUGUGUACACACACGUGUAAGCUUUUCUCCUUUCUGCUCAUGUGAUACCAGACUCUUCAUGUGGGAAAAACCACCUGAGAAGUCGGAAUGCCUACAAAAGGUGAGCCCAGGACUGGGAGGUAUUUUGGAAUCUUUCCUUUUCAGUAACCUAUUGACUGCAGUGUACCACAAUCCUAGCUUCUAUACAGAAACUGCAGCCCCUCCCUGACCCUUGCCAGAUACCAGGUAAUACCAAAGCGAACUUUUCAAGCAAGCUUCUGAUGUGUGACACUCAAGCACAGGAGGGGCCGCCCCUGCAGGGACCUGGACACCCAGGUGCUCGCCAUCUUUACCCAGUUCAAGUCACACCCAACAGUGACUUCUGGCUACAGCUGUCAGGGCGUCUCUGGUCAGCGCUUGUUUUUGAGGCAAGUUUGAGAAACAGUAGUAACUGAAGGCUGAGGCAGCCUAGCUCACCAGGCAGAUGUCUGACGCGCCAUCUUGGGAUUAACCAGAUCCACCGACCUGUCUGAGUCCAUCCAUCUGCGCUUCCUCCUCUCUGCUCCUGAUGCACACCACUCAUUUUCUCUUCACUUAGCAACAUUUCUCUCCAUUUAGCAACAAAUUACUCCACCAGUAAUCUUAUAUUUUUAAAGAAAAUUCAUUUUGCCCCUGCAGAUUAAAGUAGCUUCCUCUAGGCAGCCCUGAGGGGAGGAGGAGGGACUCCAGCCUUAGUCCUCACCACCUCUCUGUCAUGCACCCAGAAGCAGCCCAGGGCGCCCCAGGAUUAAGAAUACAACUCACCUCUGGUCUGAAACUUGACAAGGAACUGCACGUGAAACCUACCCAUCACCGGGCCCUUACCCAAUAGACUUGCCAUUGGUCGUGAAUAACUGUCUUGAGCUUGUAUGAUUCUGGUGGAAUUUGCAGUUGAAAAAGGAAAAUCGCCUGUACUAGACUAGUGAAGACUCCCAUGUGCCAUGGACUGUUUCUAUUUGAGUGAGAUUAUCAGGGAAAAUGGGAUUUGUGCAGUGAAUGUUACUGUCCUAGUUCAGCUUCACAGACCAAAUUAUUACAUGAUGGCAAGUUUUCUUGCUUAGACCACGCAUCUGUAUGUCUGGUUUACCAUUCCGUGCUCUCCUCUGUGACUAUAUGACCUGAGCACACCCUCUGCUCCAGAACACAAGCCCCGAACGGGGACCCCACCAGCAUCCAGAGGCUGGCCUGGCCUGAGCUCCUCUCCACUCCCUGCGCAGGUAAGGAGGCUGGAGGGGCUGUGCCUCCAGUCAGCUGUGCAGUCCCGUCUGCCCCCCCACCCCAGUCCCAGUAGUGCUGGUGGGUGCUAGGAUGCGCCCCCACAAUGGCCCUGUCUUCCAAGAGUGCUCCUGAUAACUCAUCUCUGGAUCAUUGCCAGGAAGGGGGUAGUUUCAUCUUGUAGUUCAGCUCAUCAGGAUUUAAUCACAAUUACUAGAGGUUGUGUAACUCCCUCAAAGUUUAUGAAAUGCUGAGCCUCAGGUUUCAUAGACAUUUGUACACUAAGAAUUCUGCAGCAGAAUAUUUUUAAACAUUCGCAGUUUUUGUAAGCUAUAUUUUUGUAUAUUUAAUUGCUAUUUUAAAAUUUUAAUGCAUUUUUUUGCUAAUUACUCGUUUUUAAGAGAUAUAACAUGCAUGUGAUCGACUUAAACAAAUGUAAAUAAAAAGCAGAUUUUGAAAAUACUUUGUGUUGUGCCUAUGGCCCCGAGCUCAGGAGCCUGCACCACUUAGCCAUUUAGCAAGAACUAAAAUGCCAAGGUGAAUGGAUCUGAUGGAAUGGAGCUGGUUACCAGCAUCAGGUGACUGUAAUGGAGGUGCUUCUGGACUAGCACCUCCUGUGGUGGGGUGCAGGUGGCGGUGAGUGCACCAAGGUGUGAGAAAGCAGAGAAUGGCCCCAUCUACCUCAUAGGCCUCGAGGGCGCAGACACAGCUGGACAGAGCAGCAGUCUCCUGAAGGUGGACAGCAGGGCUCAGAGGGAUUAAAGUGGCAGAACUAGCCUACACCCCACACUCUAGCUUACAGCCCAGGACUGAGCAUACCAAAUGUGUCGAGAAAAAUCACCUCGUUCCAAAGCUGUCCUGUGGCAGCUAUUGGAUGGCGCUCCUCACUAGACCCUCCAAGUCACCUACUGCCGCACCUUCAGGGAAUCCGCUGCUCUCAUGGCCAUUCGUGGCCCUGGGCCCAAAGCAGGACCCUCUUAAGCCUCUUAAUGCCCGUGCCUGGAGAGCUCUUCUCUCCCGUCCCUUGUAACACCCCUGCCAGCCCCCCGCCGCCACCCCCAGCACUCCUGUUUUCCCUAGUUGCUUCCUUCUCUGCCCUUCUGUUCUCAUUGUCCUUGUCGCUAAAACCUCACCGUCACGCUCAUCUUGCCAAACCCAACUGCCUAUUUGAUACAGAAUCGGGCAGUCCAAAAGCAGGUCUUCCCUCCGAGGUCUACAUGCCCUCACAGAACCCCCACACACCACAUUCUACUCACAUGGCAACCGUCAUCUCUCCAGUCCAUCUAGAUUUAGGUCAGGACCAAGAACACCGCCUCUAGGGGCAGGAAGGGCUCCCUGCAGCGGAGAGCAGACAGGAAGACAAGCACUCAGACAGGACUGGUAGUGGAAGACACAACUGGUAGUGGUUGUAACCAGGGUGCUGCCAAUGUGAUUGCAGGUUUACACGCAAGGCUGGAGGUAAGCUGGUAGGUGCGGGGACGAUGCCAGCACAGGUGCUGGACAAGGACAGGCCUCCCCAGAGAGCAGCUGGCUCUGGCUUCUUCCCUGCUGCUUUAUCCAGACCUGUGAAGUCACCUGCCUUGAGACAGCCGGGAGGAUCUAGGUAGUAAAGGGCUUGAGAUGCACAACUAUGGCACCAGCGAGGAGGUGGUGGCACUGUCUUUGGCGAUCGUGGUAGGAAAGGAGGUGCACCCACAAGGUAGGAAGAUGCGUGGAUGAGGGUUGUGGGUCAGGGCUGGAGGUGACUCAGGAAGCUGGGGGUGAGGGGCCGGGAGGGGCAGCAACGUGUAAGUCUGAGCUACGCCAUCUCACCGCUCCCUACAGUAUCCAGGCCUGCGCGGCCAGCAGCAGUAAACCGCAGCGCCUAUCCCUUCCAGGGCUGACCCGGCAAAGGGCCCUGGCCUAUGCUGCCCCCACGCGGCCGACACCGGGAGCGCGGAGGAAACGAGACAUCCGGGAGCGGCGCGCCAGC